AUUAUUCAUUGUUUUACUUUUUUUAAGUUGAAAAUUUUAACUUUCACCUUUUAAAUUGAUUGUUGAUUUCUUUAAUUGAUUGAAAACUUUAAUUACAAUCAAUAUUUUCGGAUUGAUUUACAUGAUUAACGGUUUAUUAACUCGUUCAUUAGCUGUAGUUGUUACUGGUCGCUCAAUUACCCAAGUUUACUCAUCAUUUAGACUAAUCACCACAUCUUCUCUUGGAAAAAAGUGUUUGUUGGAAAAGCUAAAACCUUCAGUGUCACUCUGUUUUGAUCGCCAAAUCACCAUGUCAACUUUUCUCAAAGCCAAAAAACAUUAUGAACGAUUACCCAGAACUGUAAUUCCAACUCUUUACAAACUGGAACUACAACCAGAUCUGGAGAAAUUCGUCUUUUCCGGUAAAGUGGACAUCGAUGUAUCUGUUAAGGAAAGUACUAAUUCGAUUACCCUUAAUGUUUCUGAAAUUGAGAUUCAAAAGGCGACCUUUAAAUCUGGAUCACAAGAUUCAUCAAUGGGCCAGGUAACUCUCGAUCCGGUGAACGAAAAAGCCUUGAUUAAGUUUGGUGACAACCUUAAGACUGGAGAUGGUGUUUUAUCACUUUUAUUUACUGGUAUUUUGAACGAUAAAAUGAAAGGUUUUUACCGAACCAAAUACACGGCUCCUAAUGGCGAAGAAAGAUAUGCAGCAACUACUCAAUUUGAGGCUCCUGAUGCCCGACGUGCCUUCCCUUGUUGGGAUGAGCCUUCAUUUAAGGCGAAAUUUGAAGUUACCAUUAUUGCUCCGAAAGACCGAACAGUUUUAUCCAAUACUGAUCCAGUUAGUGAUAUUCCACACCCAGAGAAUCCAAAUCUACGAAUUGUUAAAUUCUCUCCAUCACCAAUUAUGUCAACUUAUCUUCUUGCUUUUAUUGUGGGUGAAUAUGAUUACUUGGAGACAAUAACCAAGCGUAAUACAAGAAUCCGAGUUUACACCCAGUUGGGUAAAAAGGACCAAGGGACAUUCGCACUCGAAGUAGCUUCAAAGUCAUUGACUCUAUUUGAAGAUUAUUUUGAUAUUCCUUUCCCGUUGAACAAGCUAGACCAUAUAGCUAUACCUGAUUUCGCAUCCGGUGCAAUGGAAAAUUGGGGAUUAAUAACAUAUAGAGAAGUAGCCGUUUUAACAGAUCCAUUGAACUCAUCAUCUGCUACCAGAGAAAGAAUUGCUAUAACAGUUGCUCAUGAAACUGCUCACCAAUGGUUCGGUAAUUUAGUGACAAUGGAAUGGUGGACUGACCUUUGGCUUAACGAGGGUUUUGCAAGUUUUACUGAAUAUCUUGCAGUUGAUAAAAUUUUCCCUCAUUUUGACAUUUGGUCUCAAUUUGUUGCCUUUGCAUCACUUCCCGCACUUGAUUUGGACUCACUCCGAAGUAGUCACCCUAUCGAAGUACCAGUUGACCAUCCGGAUGAUAUUGACUCAAUUUUCGACUUAAUUUCAUACGAAAAGGGUGCAUCAAUCAUUCGAAUGUGUCAUGAUUGGAUUGGAGAUGAUGCUUUUCGUAAAGGAUUACAUGAGUAUCUUAGUAAACAUGCUUAUGGAAAUGCUGUUACUCAAGAUUUAUGGGACUCAUUGGAAGCUGCAAGUAAUCAACCUGUUGGAAAGACGAUGCCCACAUGGACUAAACAACUCGGUUAUCCGGUGAUUAAAGUAGAAUCAAGACAAGAUGGAAACAAUCGUGUUCUUAAAUUAGAACAACAAAAAUUCUCUAUUGAUGGAGUAUUAACUGACGAAGAGAAACAAAUGAUGUGGAUGAUUCCAAUCUCCAUAAUCACUUCUAAAGAUCCAAACAAAGUCGCCUUAUCAACUCUUAUGACUGAAAGAACAACCGAAUUGAUUAUACCAAAUGUGUCUCCGAAUGAUUGGAUUAAACUCAAUCCAAAAGUUAUUGGCUUUUAUAGAGUAAAUUAUUCGACUGAAAUGUUGAACCAAUUUAAAUCAGCAAUUUCAUCGAAACAAUUAGUAGCUGUUGAUCGAUUACAGAUACUUAAUGAUUCAUGGGCUCUUGCUCUUUCCGGUAACAUCUCUACUCGAGUUGUCCUUUCGCUCCUUGAGUCUUAUUCUGAUGAAGACAAUUAUUCAACUUGGGUCGCUAUCGAUAAUUGUUUCGGUAAACUGGGCUCGCUCCUUUCUUAUACUGAUUUAACUGAUAAAUUCAACGCACUAGGAGUAAAACUUUAUUCAAAAAUAUUCGAUAAACUUGGAUUCGAAUCGAAAGACCCUAACGCUCAUACAGAGAAUCUCCUAAGAGCUUUGGUUCUUAAUCGAUUGGCCAAAUUUAAAUAUGAUCCAGUAAUCAAACAAUCACAUGUUCUAUUUAAAAGUCAUUUGGAAAGCAAACCAAUCAAUCCGGACUUGAGAAAUUGUGUGUAUCGAUCAGUGGCUUCGUCUUGUGAUGAUCAAACUUUCGACUCUUUCUUUAAGUUGUACCGACAAGCAGAACUCAACGAGGAAAAAGUCAGGCUAUUACAAGCGACCGGUGCCACUUCCGAUGUUGAAAGACUUCGAAAGGUCCUCCAAUUCUCCCUUUCGAGUGAAGUUAAAUACCAAGAUGGAUGGAUCGGUGUUAUAUCGACCGUGGGCUCAAAAAAUGGUCGUGAAGAAGCUUGGAAAUUUUUCAAAGAAAAUGCUGCUGAAUUCAAAGAACGUUAUGGAUCUCACCAUUCGAAUGCCCGUUUAAUUGCGUGCAUCAUUUCCGAUUUCGCCUCCGAUGAAAAAGCCAAAGAAGUGGAAGAAUUUUUCUCGCAAAACUCAUUCUCUGGCCACGAACAAGUUAUUCUUCGAGGUUUGGAAAAGAUCAAAUCAAACUCCGAAUGGUUGAAACGAGAACUCAAUGAUAUUAAAGAUUAUCUUGAUUCUAAAUCAAAUUAAUCUCCCAUAAGUUUUAUACUUUAUUAUAACCAUAAAGAAUUCAAUGUUUUCUCAACAGAUGAAAGUAAUUUACUACACUUAAUUAAUUAAGAUUAAACUGGAUUUAGAAUAAGAAAUUUCUUCUAAAUUUACUUAA